ACUGGAACUGUUGUGUCCUCACUCUUUGUCUCAGAGGACACGUCUUUGUGUUUCUGUAUCAGAGUCCACGUUGCCGGUCUGAAUAAAGGUGGGAUGGACACGUUCAUCGACAACCUGCCCGGUUUCCCUGACAACAUCCGCCCGAGCUCGACCGGAGGUUACUGGGUGGCCAUGUCGGCGGUGCGGCCCAACCCCGGCUUCUCCAUGCUGGACUUCCUGUCCCAGAGACCCUGGAUCAAGAAACUCAUCUUCAAGCUCUUCAGUCAGGACGUCCUGGUGAAGUUCGUCCCUCGGUACAGCCUGGUGGCGGAGCUCCAUGAAGGUGGCGUCUGCACACGGAGCUUCCACGACCCCAACGGCCUGGUGGUGGCUUACGUCAGUGAAGUCCACGAGCAUGAUGGGAGCCUGUACAUGGGCUCCUUCCGCUCACCGUACAUCGCCAAACUUGACCUGCGCAAGGUCUAAAGACAAUAAAGACCAAUUGACUGAUGGAUGUACAGACGGACAUGUGUGACUUAGUAAGAAGUCUGAAACCGCGACGUGGUGUUCUUCUUUAACAGUGAUGUCAUGAUGCACCAGGAGGUAAAUGAAAACCUGUCACAGGUGUGUUGUCAGACUCGGGCGGCGGUCAGUCUGGGAUUUUGUUCCAGAGUGAAAGUUCUCGACACACAUGAGAGAUUACCCUGAAAUUCAAACACUGUGUCUCCAGAAGGUGAACCCAAGGGACGCUGCCGACAGGACAGCCUGGUAACCAUAGUGACAGUCUGACAUCAUGUUUGUGUUAGACUUUUUCGUUUUGCAGACAUCAUGGAGCGUGAUCAGGCUGGGUAUAGAAAUUUUAUAUCUUCUUUGGUACUAAAUGUGUCUGUAGCUCAGAGUUUAAAAUCAGGUUCUGAUAAUUGACAUCAAAUUUCCGAAACAUGAUUUUGUUGACUUCCUGAUUUAAAUCUUAAUUUAUCCAGUUUUGGUUUUCGCUUGGCGUCUCGUCAGACAUUUAACAGCUGAUUUGGUUCAAUAAAUAAAAUGUGUUGGUGGGAAAACAUGAGUGAGGAAUAAAAAAAGUUUUGGUAUCGACCCUUUCAGGGCUGACAUCACGAUGACAUCACAAUGACAUCAUGUUAUCAGCUGGAGGUGCAGCUGCCUCUCCCCCACAGGGCUGUAGGCUCCACAGGAGUGUUAAAAUGUGUUUGUCUUGUUGUGUUAUUGGGAGCCAGA